AUUAAAUUAACGCUAUAUAUUUUUGGAAACACCAUAGAAGGCUGUUGGGUUAUCCCAAUAUAAAUCUGUUAUCGUCUAUUUCGUGAUGUCGCGUCCAUCGAUUGGCGGUGGUGGUGAUGGUUAACAACCGUUUUCGUAUUUGAUUGUUUACGUACAUAUUAUUUUUAAUUUAUAUUUUACAAUUAUUAAACUGAUAGACGAUAAUAUUAAAGUCUCAGUCUGUUACCAUUGUCUAAUGUCAAAGUCAUUCACCUAUUCGUCAUUCGUCGUUUAAUGCGUACGUGGUACUUUGAUUUUGUGAGUUUUGUCAAUAUAUAGAUAUCUCUGAUGAACUUAGCAGUUUUAGAAUUUGAAAAAUGGAUUCAAAUUUUUUAGUAGCACAUUUUUAUGAUGAUGAAUCAGUUGAAGCUGUGCCUUCGUUUUGGUUUAAAGGCAAAAAGUUAUGUGCUUGGCCAAAAAAUAAAGCGCUGGUCGGAAAAUGUAUUAUAUCAAAGCAUAAACCAAAUGAUAAAGAGUUCAAAUAUCUUAGUGCUAGGAUUCUCUAUAACAACAUAGAAACUCUAGAAAGAGCAAGAAAAAUAGCAGAUAUAGCUAAAUAUAAAUCUGAUUUUUCAUUAACCGAUGAUGAAACUGUAAAAGAAGUACAAAGACCUAGUUCUCGUUCAUCGUCAACUAAUUCUAUGCCACUAUUUGACUACUUUGAUAAUGAAAAUGAUGAUGUAUAUUCACCUUCACCAAGUUUAAAAAAUAAUAAAAAGUCCGAUUCUAAAAGAAAUCUUGGUUGGUCUCCAUCACCAAAGAAAAUGAAAAUUAAAACUCAACAGCAAUCUGUAAUUGGUCAAAGUUCAUCUGCCAAGCAAAAGCUUACAUUUAACGAAGAACUACUAAAUAAUGAUCAACUUUUGGGUAGUCCAUUGAAAAAAACAACUUAUUCAAGCCAAAAAAGAAGUAAUGAACUGCAAAAUUUGAGACAUAAUUCAGCAUCAACAUUGUCAACAUCCUUGGAAUUGAACAAAGAUACUGAAUGUCUUAAUCAAAUUUUGAGAAAUUUAACAUUUUUGAAGUACGAAAUAAAACAAGUUUUGAGCAAUCAAGUAAUUAUAAUGCAGAGAUUAGAAACAACUGAAAACAUUUUAGAACAAAAUCCAGUUAGACUUGACAGACAACAAAAUGGCAUUGAUUUAUCAAACUGUCCACUUCCAAUUAACAAUAUUAUUGACCUUACUACUCUUGAAGACAAAAUAUCUGGCGACCAAGAUUUCAAAAAUCAAUUAGUGGCUGAGCUAUCAUUUAUUGGUGGGAAAAAUGUCAAACUGGUGGUAAAGCGAAUCAUGUCCAAAUUAUUUUCUGAUAGCUUACUUUCUAAUUAUUCAUAUACCGGGAAAAAAGGGAAAGAUAAAUUUUCAAUUCUAUCAGUGUGCUCAGUUGUAUUUGAUGCAGUAAAGAAACAACAAAAAUUUAAAAAUAUUCAGUUAAAUGAAAUUGAAGAAGUGAUCAAAUAUAUUUUGGCACAAGCACCUUUUAACUUCAAAAGAUUAGAAGCCAAACAAAAUAAAACUAUGUAA